AUGCAUUGCAUAUCAAAAGUUAUAACCGUAACCACACUCUUCAUCCAUGGUUUCCAUUUCGCAGACAACAAAAUAGCAAUGCAUGUUGAGGCAGCACUAUGCGAGGUGCCGAGCAAAUUGUUCCAUGGCGUGUGCAUUGUCGACAGUAAUUGUGCCAGAAUAUGUGAGAAAGAAGGUUAUCUAACCGGCAAAUGCAAGGGGAUGUUGCCCAAAUGCAUUUGCUUACAAGAUUGUGGCGAGAACCCUCCACCUGAAGUUCCCCCACCUGAAGUUUCCCCACCCGAAGGACCUCCGGUUACACCUCACCCACCCCAGCCCCCAGUGACUCCACCUGACUGUCCUCCUAAUCCUCCCUGUGUCCCUAUCCCUACUCCUAGUCCUCCAUUUGGUUGUCUUAAUUGUCCACCAAACGAUUUAUCUAGCCUUGAUUGCACCAGAUUUUGGCCGAUGAAGCACGACCUCACUAUUUGGACGGGUGACGUGUCAUUGAAUUACAGAACAACUGCAUUUUAUGUCUACCGCAGCGUCCAACUCUAUCCAAAUGUGAGAGAAGAUAGAGGUGGCAAUCUGAAAACCGAUCUGAAGCGUCUAAACCUCCGCGUCAUAGCUCGAGGAAGCCCCAAGAGGGGCAUGAAACGCGGCAAUAAGGGCGCCGCUAUGAUCCUGGCCCCCACCUCCUGCAACUCUAAGGUGUUUUUGUCGUUGGUUUUGCAAGAAAUAUGCCCGGAAAUGCGUUGGAAUGGAAUCGGGACAAAAAACGGCGAAAACGGGUGCAGAAGAGGAAAACAGCGAAAAGUUUCUGAGUAUUACAAAAAGCAAGAGAGGCUCCUUGAAGGAUUUAAUGAAAUGGAGGCAAUUCAUGAAUCUGGUUGUCUACCAGAUACCCUGACAGAGGAUGAAAUGAAACAGCUUGCCAAGAGUGAGAGGAUGGCUGUUCACGUGUCGAAUGUAGCUAAUCUGUUCCUCUUCAUAGCAAAAGUGUACGCGUCAGUUGCGAGCAGAUCUUUGGCUGGAAUUAUUGUUUUUGCAUCUGUGAUGGCCACUCUGGGACUUCAAACUAUACUGGAGUCAGUUCGCCAACUUCCUGCAAAGUCGGGCCCUAAUAUGAACCAUGAUAAGGAGAUGUGGAUGAUAGGAAUUAUGGUAUCAGUCACCGUGGUCAAGUUUCUGCUCAUGCUUUACUGCCGCAGAUUUAAGAACGAAAUCGUGAGAGCCUAUGCUCAAGAUCAUUUCUUCGACGUCAUCACUAACUCGGUUGGACUUGCCACUGCUGUUUUAGCUAUUCGGUUCUACUGGUGGAUUGAUCCUACUGGGGCCAUACUUGUGCAGGUUUUAAAAAUAAUGUUGUAUUGGUCUGGUAAGGUUUUAUAA